CAUGGGAUUUGCUUCUUUCACUGGGUGUAUCGGUAUAAGAGAUAACACGCUUCAAGUCUGAACACUAGGUUGUGUCGAAAAAUGCUUUAAGGAUUGAUACAGGCAUAAUUACAUGCUCGUAACCAUCACCCUAUUCCUUCCUUACUGCUUUAAGCCUCUGUUCAAGAUUUCUAUCGAGUUUCCAAUAUGGGAAGUAUAUCUCAGCAUCAGUUCUUCGCCGCAGGCGACAAACAUGAAUUCGACCCUGAAAACUGGACGUUUAGCAGCCCAGAUGACCUCCCGCAACGCCACCCAGAAACGCACGUCAACGUGCUGAUCGUGGGUGCUGGCUUCAGCGGGCUGUUGUUAGCCCUGGAGUGCUGGAGAAAGGGGCUUAACGUGGUGGGGAUCCUCGAGCGAAAUCAAGGCCCCAAUUACAGCGGAGACCUCAUCAUCAUCCAGCCCUCAGCUACAUCCAUUAUCCGUCACUGGCCCGCCAUGCGGCGCGAGCUGGAGCAAGACUUCGUCGACGCACCCACGUACUACCUUCGCCACAACGGCGAGCUCAUCUACGGGCCCUCUGACCCCAGCUACAACGAUCCGGAACACCUGGCCGAGCGGGAGGGUCUUCCGCCCGUGGGUCCAGUGCAGAUCCGCAAGAAGUUCUACCGGAUGCUGCUGAGGCAGGUGGCCAAGCUGGGUCUCAAAGUCGACUAUGGCCAGCGUGUAGACCGUUACUUUGAAGACGAGCCGGCUGGCCUGGGCGGCGUGGUGGUUGCCGAUGGCUCGGUCCGCGUAGCACACCUCGUCGUCGCUGCUGAUGCCUUCAAGUCGCGCUCCGAGCUCCUCGUGGCGGGCGAGCAUAUGCCUACAAAGUCGAGCGGCAUGUCAGUCUUCCGGACUGCGUUCCCGGGGGAGCUUGCCUUUCGGGACGAAACGGUGCGAAAGCGCUGGUGUCGUGGCCCCGGUGAUAGUGCAGUCACGACCAACGAGUUCUGGUUGGCGCCAGGGAUGCAUAUCGGCCUGUUCGUGUCGCCGGAGCUGGUGGCUUUCGGGCUGACUCCUCGUGAUGAGUUCCUAGUUGAGGGCACUGAAAAGCCGCGCGAGUCAUGGGACCCGGAUGUCGACCCGGUCGAUGUGGUGAAGGUACUUCGGAAGGUGCCUGGCUGGGACCCGGCCAUCGAGGCACUUGUGCGCACUGCGCCCCGGGGAGCCGUCAUCCACUGGCCGCUGCUGUGGCGGAAUUUGCGGCGCGAGUGGACGUCCAAGGGGGGGCGGGUCGUGCAACUCGGCGAUGCGGCGCAUUCCACUGUUCCGGCAUCAGUCAGCGGUGGGACCCUGGCCAUCGAGGAUGCAAUUACUCUGGCUUCCUGCCUGCAGUUGUCAACUGGUGGCGGUGCCGGGGCGGCCGGUGCGCCGCUCGGGGCCAAAAUUUACAAUUUGCUGCGGUACCAGCGCGUGAGCUGCACCCAGAAGAUGGCCUUUGUCAACUCGCAGCUGCUGAACGCCACGUCGGACUGGGAUGCCAUCAAGAAAGACCCCAAGAAGGUCCGCCUUCGCUUUCCCAAGUGGGUCUUCCGCCAUGAUCCCGAGGCCUAUGUGUAUGAGAAGUAUGGUCAGGCCUUUGCUCAUCUGGUGGCGGGUGCCGAGUUCGACAAUACCAAUUAUCCUCCGGGCCAUAAAUUUGUGCCCUGGACCAUUGAGGAGGUUCACCAGGAUAUUGCCGACGGCAAGAGGGUAGAGCAUUUGCUGGAUGGCGAUUGGUCGUAGGGAGAUAGACGCUUCACCGGUUCUACUAUCUAAACUAGACACAACUUUUAUAAUUGCAAUCAUUUCCACCGUGAGAAGUUUUGUAUCUACGUGCAACACUUCAUCUUGUUGAAAAACAUCCUCUAAUACAAAUGCAAU